GAGCGGAGCCGAUGACGCUGGGCUCCCCCACGUCCCCGAAACCGGGUGCCGGCGCUCAGUUCCUGCCCGGUUUCCUGAUGGGCGACCUGCCCGCGCCCGUCACCCCGCAGCCGCGCGCCCUGAGCGGCCCUGCCGUGGGCGCCAUGGACGUGAGGUCUCCUCUGCUCGCAGGUGGCUCUCCCCCACAGCCUGUAGUCCCUACACAUAAAGAUAAAAGUGGUGCUCCACCAGUUAGAAGCAUAUAUGAUGAAUUAGCUAGUCCUGGACUUGGAUCUUCACCACUAACUUCAAGAAGAGCAGGCAGCUUUUCUCUAACCCAGAGCCCAUUGGUUGGAAACAUGCCAUCAACUCCUGGAGCAGCUUCCAGUAUGUUCAGUCCUGCAAGUAUUGGGCAGCCUAGAAAGACUACUCUGUCUCCAGCUCAACUAGAUCCUUUCUAUACUCAGGGUGAUGCCCUAACUUCAGAAGAUCAACUUGACGACACGUGGGUAACUGUAUUUGGAUUUCCCCAAGCAUCUGCCUCCUAUAUUCUUCUACAGUUUGCUCAGUAUGGAAACAUAUUAAAGCAUGUGAUGUCCAACACAGGAAAUUGGAUGCACAUUCGAUAUCAGUCUAAGCUUCAAGCCCGAAAAGCCCUAAGCAAAGAUGGAAGAAUUUUUGGUGAAUCCAUCAUGAUUGGUGUCAAACCUUGUAUAGAUAAAAGCGUGAUGGAAAACUUUGAAAGAAGCUCUGCAUCCUCAAUGUCUUCAAUUUUCACUCCACCUUCAAAAACUGUAGGCACACCAAUACAACCUGCAAAUACUACAAAGAUUUCUACAAUGAGACCUCUUGCAACAGCAUACAAAGCUUCCACUAGUGACUACCAGGUGGUUUCUGACAGACAAACGCCUAAGAAAGAUGAAAGUAUUGUAUCUAAAGCAAUGGAAUAUGUGUUCGGCUGGUAAUUGGCAACAAGAAGUAACACACUAAGUUGGUCAAGGUUGGAAAUCUGCUGCUGGCGUCAGUGGUUAGUUGUAUAACUACUAGUGUCAGUAUUUUAAUUGAUAUCUCACCUGUUAUGCCUUCAGUGAUUUCAGCAGACAUGUAGCUUGCACUUUAAAUGAUUGCAAUAUACACAUGGUUUUAAAAACUGCAUCAGUGUAAAUGGUUUUUUUUCCUGUUUGUGCUCUGAUUGCAUGAUUGUAGAAAAAAAUACAGGCACUGACUGUCCUUCUAUGAUGACUUCAUGUGAAUUGCUUCCCAGUAAAGAUGAUGGGCUACUUGCAGGAAGAACACUAUGUAUAGCAGGCUCACGGGGACUGUUCUUAAUAUAUGUGAUUUUAAUUUUCUCAUUUGGAUUCAUUGCUGUUCUAUAAUUAUCUUUGGCAUCCUGUUCUAAAUGUCAUAAUGACUUUUUAACUGUUUUAUUAAUAAAGCUAAGUAAAGUUUU